UCGCUCGGCAGCAGCAUCCGCGGGGCUGACACGCGCCCGCAUCCUCCUCUCUUCCCCGGCAGCCGCGGCGCGAGAGGCCGGCGGGCGGAGCGGAACGGAACGGAGCGGGGGGCGCCGCGACAGAACAGACAAAGCAAAGAUGGCAGGGAUCCUCGCCUGGUUCUGGAACGAGAGGUUCUGGCUGCCACACAACGUCACCUGGGCCGACCUGCAGAGCACGGAGGAAUCCUCUUUUCCGCAGGCGGAGGACCUCUACCUCGCUUUCCCGCUGGCCUUCUGCAUCUUCAUGAUCCGGCUGCUCUUCGAAAGGUUCAUUGCUAAACCAUGUGCCUUAGGCCUUAAAGUCCAAGCCAAUGGACCACAAAAAGCUCAACCUAAUGCUAUCCUGGAAAAAGUUUUUACGGCCAUUACAAAGCAUCCGGAUGAAAAGAGGCUGGAGGGCCUCUCCAAGCAGCUGGACUGGGAUGUAAGCAGCAUUCAGCGUUGGUUUCGACAAAGGCGCAACCAGGAGAAGCCCAGUACUCUUACGAAGUUCUGUGAGAGCAUGUGGAGAUUUACAUUUUACCUUUAUAUAUUUACCUAUGGAGUACGGUUCCUGAAAAAGACACCUUGGCUUUGGAAUACCAGACAGUGCUGGAAUGGUUACCCAUAUCAGCCAUUGAUGCCUGACCUUCAUUAUUACUACAUUGCUGAAUUAUCAUUCUACUGGUCCUUAAUGUUUUCUCAAUUCAUUGACAUCAAAAGAAAGGAUUUUGGCAUCAUGUUUACACAUCACAUUGUAACAGUCACCCUGAUAACCUUCUCAUAUGUAACCAAUUUGACACGAGUGGGAACCCUGACCUUAUGUCUCCAUGAUGCAGCUGAUGUUGUCCUAGAGGCUGCCAAAAUGGCAAACUAUUGCAAGUGUCAAAAACUGAGUGACCUCCUGUUCCUUACGUUUGCCAUUGUCUUCAUUGUCAGUAGGCUUGGCAUAUUUCCCUUAUGGAUAUUAAACACUACGUUGUUUGAACUCUAUGAAGCUCUGGGCAAUUUUCCUGCCUUAUGGGUCUUCAAUGUGCUGCUUGUGGUUCUUCAAAUUCUGCACUGUUUUUGGUCUUACCUAAUAAUAAAGGCGGCCUACAAAGCUAUUUCAAAGGGGAAGGCUGGAAAGUGGAACCCCUUGCAUGUAACAAAGGAUGACCGAAGUGACAUUGAGUCAAGCUCAGAUGAGGAAGAAACAGUACCUCGUUCAAAGACCCUGCACAGCACUGUCACCACUAAUGGGACUGGUGGUGCCAAUGGGACAAACGGGUAUCUUACUGGUAGCACAUGCUCAGAGGAGCAUUAAUCUUUGAGUGUCACAAGACACAAACAGAAUGAACUGUUUGCUACUGUAAGUAAAUUAGAAGUUGUGAAUGCGGUUUCUUCAUAUAUCUCAGCGUCAAAAAAAUUAGGAGUAUCAAAGCAUUCUGAUAGUGCACUGCCAUACUCCCUGUUCGUGAAUGAAGACGACACAUCAUUCUGUAUACAUAGGUAGGCAUGCUGUAUGUGUAUGUAAUUGACACAAUGGGAGCAUUAUUUUCACUUGUACCAUCUUUGAAAUAUUAUUUAUUCUGUAUUACUUCUGGGAACUUCUGGACAAAAGGGAACAUCCAUUCUCAAACUAUCUCUUGGGAUUCUCAGUGGUGGAGAGCAUCAUGCUCUGAUCUCUUCUGUCCAUCCCUGUUGCUUUUGCUGAGUCUGCUAUAAAUAAUAGUUGCUUGAUUUGUUACUUACAAAAGAUAGAAUAUAGCUUUGCAGAUUCUAGUUCUGCUUCAGAUAUUUUUGCUACAUUUGUGUUUUAAAGUGCUGAUUUUGAAACUGCCUAUCAAAUUACAUUGGCCCUUCCUCCAACAUAAAGUUUUAAAAGACUGGAUUGAUAUUUUGAAUGCUAGGUAAUAUGGUCAAUUAGCAAUUAGGGGAAAAAGAACUGUUGUGAUUGUGGAAAUGUUCAAAUUCAAAACUGGUGAUUAAUUGCACUAGAAGAAGAUUUGAUUAGUUGUGCAAGUGUCCAGAAGCAUUGAUGUCAGCAGUUAGGAUGCACUCAGUCUUGCCUUUUAUUUUUCCUUGCAAUUUUCAACAUCUAUAGAUUGCAGCUUUUUACACAGAUUCCAUGUUGAAAGGUAUUUGUUCAAGUGCACCAUUGUGAAUCCAGAUCUCACUCCUGAAACUGUUCUUGCAAGUUCAUAAGGAUGAGAGCAGAGAACGAAAAAAAAGCGGAUGAAAAGUCAGUGUUUUCUUGGACACAGUUUAUAUUAGGUAUCGUUCUUAUAGUUGUUGCCACUAUUUUAGUAGGCUGGAGAGAGAAAAGACAGAAUGCCACACAUUACUAGAAGUAGCUUAAAUGCAUGAAAACUUGAGCAAAAUUCACUUAACAUAAUUUUUAACAUAAAACUUUGAAGGUUCAGCAUUAUUCUGUCACUUUUAUAAAUCAAAUUUAGAUUGUCUGUUGAAUAACUUUGCUCUCCUGUUUCAUCCAAGAUUUACAAACUGUGUCCUGAAGAAGACAAAAUAAUACCCCAAAUAGGUAUCGUUUUAACAUGAUAUACUCACUUCUUCCAAGAUCAGAGUUUGACAUAGGAUGCUAAGGAUCAUAAAACUCUUGUGGGACAUUUUUCUGUUAGUUGUGAUAGCAGUGCCAAAAUAGGCAAGGUUCUCGGGCAACAGACUCUAUGCAACCUACUGUUCAACAGUAUUGUGUAUGUGCACAAAGAACCAAUGUGCUUAUAGACCAAAGACGUAUAUAUAUAUAUAUAUAUAUAUAAAGAAAAGAAAAAAAUAUGGAAGGAAGGAAUAAACUGGAAAAAAAAUGUAACAGCAUGUCUUAUAUAUUGAAGGAGACUAGAAUGUUGCCUUCAGCUGAAAGUCUAGUCCAGGAAAUAUUUCUUUAUUCCUCCUACCUAUGCAAAUGGUAAAAUAUAGAUGGUUUCUGGCAUCAUAAAACAUGUUUAAAGACUCUACUGUAUACGGACUCCACUGAAGAAAGUUUUGUUACCACUUCUCUCUUUUUGAGGAAAAAAAAAAAUUGUUCUAUUCCACUUGUGAGUCUUGAAAACUUCUGAAACUUUUAUUACUCAUAGGAAGCAUUUGCAUAUUAGCAAAGAUGCACUGAAAGUAAGGGCAGAAUCAUAUGAAUGAAAAUCACACCACCACUUAGUAGAACACAAAGGUAAGAAAAUGAAAAACUUCUAAAUCAUGGGAGAAAAAUUGUCAGUUUUGAUACUUAUACAGCAUCCUUCAUUAGUCAGCAGUUCCAUAGUUUGUAUGUCCCUGAGCAUAUCAGAGGGAGAAAGGGAACCUUAUUUAAAUCUUCCUCUCCUCUAAAAGCUUCUUUGAGUCUCAUUUUUUUCAUCUGUCUUCUGUGCCUCUGAUUUUAAUGCAAGUAAAACACAUGAAGAUAGUGUGUAACACAUAUGGAGAUAUCGUGAUUGCAAUAGAAACUAUCCUAUCCACAGUAUUUGAAGUGGACACUGUUCAAUAAUUGUUGUUAAGAUUAUACUAAGGUUUUAAAACAAAGUGAAUAAGCCUUAUUAUUUCUGAAAUCUGACCUGAUAGUCAUUGAGAAUAACAUCUUAGAAUCAUAGAAUAUCCAGAGUUAGAAGAGAUCCACAAGGGAUUGUUGAAUUCAGCUCCUGGCUCCACUGAGAACCACCCACAAUUUAAACCCUAAGAAUGUUGUCCAAAUGUUCUUUGAAUUUUGGCCAAAUGAGGUUGUGACCACUGCUCUGGGGAGACUGCUCCAGUGCCAACCAGUCUCUGGUGAAUAGGCCUAAACAUUCCUCCUUUAUGAUUUUCAGAUUUGGCUCUACAGGAUUUCCCUUUUGCAAAGAUAAUUACAAAGCUGGUGUUUUGGCAAAUAUUUUGUCUUAUGUGGGGGGCAGAAUGUUGCUCUCAAUUGUGAGUAUACACCUGUAUUACUGUCACGUCUUUGGUAUCUGGACAGAAAACAGUUCCCAUUAACAAUCUCCAAACAAGAGGCAGGUAACCUCAGUCCCUGUUGAUCCUCACCAGCUGUUCUGUGUUGAUACAGACCUACAGUCAGUGCUACAGAGUUAACUAACUGCCUCUGGCUUAGUGUAUCCCCAUUGUUAAAUAAUGUAACUUGAAUGGAAACUUGCAUUGAAAAUGAUUUGAAUUCUAAAUUAAGUUGUAUCUGUCAUGUACUAAAGCGUGUAAAUACUUACUGUGGUUAAUCUGACCUCCCCCCCCCCCCCCCCUUAUUUAACUUAUUUAUCUCCUACAAACCAGGCUUUUUGAAUUCCAUUCUUUGUAGCCUAGAAUAAAAACAAAUAUGUCUAGAAAAUAUUCUGAGUAACAGAGACAAAAGGCAUGUUUGUGAAAAUGGGAUGAGAGCAAAGAAGCUUUGAGUACUUAUCUAAACUUUGCUAAACAAUUUUUAAUGGAGAUUAAGAGUUCUUAAAUUUUUUAUUAUUUUUUUGUCCUUACCGAGAACGGCCAAGUGUUUUAGUGACCAUACUUGGCAGCGUGCUUUGAUUCACUGCUUUGGCCUCAUCUUCUAGAGAAGAUCACGCACUUGUUUCCUUUUCAGUUCAAUUUGUUUGCUUCUUUGCUGAAGAGGUUUGUAAGGUGCUUUUGGAGGCUGUUACAUAUAUAAAGGAUAAUCACACGUAUUCCUGAAAAUUUAUUAAAAUGAUUCGCAUGGCUCAUGGUAAAUGCAAUAUCUGAAAAGGUUCUGUAUAUUCAUACCUUUUGUAGAAUUUAGAAAUGAGGGUUUGUACUCUGUAACCUUUUUGUCUUCAACCUCUAUGCUCUCUGUCUAUAGUACAGUACACGACACAGUGGUUAAGAUGUUGAAGUAGAAAAAUGAGGAAGUGAUGUGUAGAGUUUGUUAGUAAAUGGUAGGAAUUUUUCUUCUCUCCCUAGCCGGUCCAGAGUACAUUAAAGUAAGAUUCAGGUCUCCCUUUGCUUACUGCUUUUCAUAUUCUCAUGUUUUGUACCAGAGAAAAAAACAUAUAUAUUUUUUGUUGGGUUGUUUUUUUCUGAAGAAUACAAAACAAAAACACUUUAAACAAACACUGCAGAAAAUGGGAGAAAUAUCUAAUGAAACAACAGUGGUGAACUCUGGAGUCAUUUGGGUCUUGAUUGCUGUUAAAUAGUGCUAGUUCUAUAAUACCAAAGCGUCCCAUGUUGUUUCCUUGUUGCCAUUUUGUAUUUUUUCUAUGUGCUAAUUAUUUAAUUCAAGCAGAAUUGAAACAGGUGUCACAGUUUCAGAUGUGUUCAACUCCUGUUUCAGACUGGGACCAUUCUGUAUGAUUGCUGAUGCCAAAUCCUUUUUCUGAGACCCCAGUACAUGCACUAAAACUUUGCUUACAGUAGAAUGAUUCUUGUCUUAAAUCUGAAUGAAAAUCACUUCACAGUUCUGAACAGACUUUGAUGGCAAAAGCUGUUACCCUGCAACAAACAGUGAUCAGCUUGAGGUGAUUUAGAUGCUGUGUUUUACGCAGCCUGUUCUACUAGGAAGCAUCAUGCCUGUUAUGUUCAUCUUUUCAUUAGCUCAGCCUUCCAUAUUCUCAGAGAAAUAUGGGCUAACAUUGGUUUUGUAUAGUUGAUGCUUUGGUAUUUUUUUAAUCUAUUUGCUACAACCCAUUUUUGUAUGUCUCCUACUUGUCUACUACUUGUGACAUUUGUUGUAAAAGAAGCUGUUGAAUACUUUUUAUCCUUCCUGUAAUGUAAAAACUGUUAGGCCUAACUUCAGUGUUCUGCAAACUACAGUUGCCUUUAAACCAUAAAGAAAAAACAGUUUUUAUUACUUGCUUUGACAGGUUUGAUUUGGAGCAGGGACAUAAUGGGAACUUCAGGAAGACAACCUUAUUCUUUAUUUCUUUUCUUUUUGGAAAACCUUUAUGGAAGUUUGGAAAAGUGGCAUAUGUAUGUAGACUUUAAACUGUAAAGACUUCUGACUGUAGUUGCAAUGAAAACACAGUGCUUGAAUGUGUCUGUACAGAACAAUUUUGAAAUUGCUUUCAAUUUGAAAGUGGAUGAAAAUGCCAUGAAAUUAUGUUUUGUAGCCAUGAUUAGAUAUGAGAUGAAAAAAUCAAAAUGAUCUUACUUCACCUAUAAUGAUCUGUGCAGUAAAAGAUGUUUUAUAGCUUCUGUUGAACUUCUUGUUGUCCCAGGAUUUAAAUUUCAUAGGCAAGUUCUCAUACUGUACUGUGCACGUUGACUGCCUAUUGCAAGUCAGGGUUAGAGUGAGGUAGAUGACAGGUAGAUGACACUUUCAGCUGUGUUUUCAUUACAAUCUUGUGCGUGAGCAACUCUUUCAGAAAUGCAGCGAUAUGUAGGAACUCCACAGUUCCAGACACAGUGAUGUGCUAGCUAGCUGAAAGUCCUUUAAUGUACAGCUGUUGCAUAGAACUUCAGGAGUUAUUUUUGUUUAACUCAGUUUGGUUUUGUUGGUUGUUUCUUUUAUAAUAUGGAAAAUUAUUAUUCCUCAUAAAGUCUCUGGAACCAAUCAAUAUUGUGGGCUAUUUUAAUUUGGAGACACUUUCAUAAUAAACAUAAAUAUUAGGAAUGUA